AUUGUCAAAGCCAACAACUGGGACCUCUCCUUCAUCCUCCUGGUCUCCCUCCUGCUUUGCUUCUUAUCUUCCUUGUUUUUCAUUGGCCGACCAAGGAAAGCCACCUGCCUUCUCCGACAAACAGCGUUCAGCAUUGUCUUCUCAGUAGCCGUGUCAUCUGUGUUGGCCAAAACAAUCACAGUAGUGCUGGCAUUCCUAGCUUCAAAACCAGGCAAUAAAGUGAAAAGAUGGUUGGGGAGGAGCUUGGCCAAUUUCAUUAUCCUUUCUUGUUCUGCUGUCCAAAUUCUCAUCUGUGCCAUAUGGUUGGGAGUUUCUCCCCCAUUUCCUGACUCUGAUCUGCACUCCCAGCCUGGAGAGAUCAUCCUUCAAUGCAACGAAGGCUCUGUCACCAUGUUUUAUGUUGUCCUUGGCUACAUGGGCUUCCUUGCUGCAAUUUGCUUCACUGUGGCUUUCCUGGCCAGGAACCUGCCUGGAGCUUUCAAUGAAGCCAAGCUGAUCACCUUCAGCAUGCUGAUCUUAGUGAAUAGCUUCAAUCUGAUUUUAUACUAUUUCUGCCGAAGCAACUACAUUAGCUGGAAGACAUCGGUGGCAAAGUAA